GGAAAAAUAUUUUUGGGUACAGGAAGGGAGCGUCUAAUGCCUGGAGAGGAAUCAUGACAGUUAUGCCUCUGAUUGAGGCUGGCAUUCUCUGCCGCGUUCAUAAUGGGCAAAUGACGAGGUUCUGGCUUGACACUUGGAUCGGUGAAAAACCACUUUGCGAUUUGGUGCAAGAGUUUGGCAGCGGACAUGAUCCGCAUGCCACUGUUGCUGAACUUUGGAAUGGCUCUCGUGGGUGGAGUUGGGAGAAAAUUCCAAACCUCCCACCUAACAUUAUUUCUUUCAUGCAGUGCUGGGUUAUGGAGUUGGACACUAACACCCCUGAUGAAUUCUACUGGAAGCACGAUCCUACAGGUAAGUUUUCAAUUAAGUCGGCUUAUAAUCUAAUUAGGGGAUUUGCUAACAAUGUGCAAGAAGAAGUGUGGUCUAUGAUUUGGAAGAUUAAAGUGCCAAGUAAGAUGAAGCUUCUUUUGUGGACUAUCUGCCAUGAGAAGGUGAUGGGAAAUGCCGAGCGAAAGAAAAGAAGACUCACUUCGGAUAGUUCUUGCCCACUUUGCGGCAACGAUGAGACCACCUCUCACAUCUUUAAAACUUGCCCAAAAGCAAGACAAAUUUGGAAUUUUAUUGACAAUGGAGGUAUGGGUUGUAAUGGAGAUCACACGGAAAUGAGGAGAUGGGUUGGCGACAAUUUAAGGAGAAAGAGAGGCAGCCACGACAACAAUAAUUGGGCUGCCACUUUUGCCGUCACAUGUUGGUGGAUUUGGAGGUGGCGAAACAACGUUGCCUUCGGUGGGGAUGAUCUUGACACCCAGUAUAAAGUGGCUUGGAUUAAGGGAUCAAUCGCUGAGAUUGAAAGGGCAUUCGACAAAAAUCAGGUAUCAACCCCCUCUUUGAUGAAUACAAGGGAUCCUCUACUAAAAUGGAAUCCGGCAGUUGAUCAUGAAUUCACUCUUAAUGUUGAUGGAAGCAAUAAAGUUAUGGCUAACAGGGCGGGGUGCGGCGGAGUCAUUCGCAACAAUAGAGGAGAAUGGCUUGGUGGUUUUUCCUAUAGAACUAGACCAAAUAACAUCGAGGAAAUCGAGGCUAAAGCCAUUGAGAAAGGCAUCCAAUGGGCUUGGGGUAGAGGAGUGAGGGAUCUUGAGGUGCAGUGUGACGCUAGGGAAGUUGUUAAUUGGAUUAUAACAUCGACGAGUCUGAGGGGACCCAUCAGCGAUACCAUUAUAGCGAUAAAAAGUUGGACUGACAGAUUCCAUAAAAUCAGCUUUCGAGCCAUCUUUCGUGAACAAAAUAAGGUUGCGGAUCGUCUUGCUAACCUUGGGGCUUUUCAAGACAUAUCAUGGAGAACGUUUGAGGUCCCUACUGCAGAUUUGGAAACCUUGAGUACUGAUGAUAUGAUGAGGGUCACUACUACGCGACACGCUACCACCACUUCUCGAGGCUACUAGCUCGGGGUCUCCCCCUCCUUGUUGAUCAAAAAAAAAGUAGUACUCAUUCUCGCACAAACAUAACAAUUUAUUUAAAAUAGCGUGGUAUUCAUUCUGAAAUAACACAGUACUCAUUCUGAAAUACGUAAUACUCAUUUGCACACAUUUAUACAAUAUUCAUUUAUUAAUAACGUAAUACUCAUUUUAAAACCUAGUAAUACUCAUUCUCAAAUAAUCUAGUACUCAUUCU